GAGGAGGAGAGAGAGAGAGGUAGAGAGAAAGAGAGGUAGUGGUCUAGAGUUCCUUCAGGUGUUUGUCUUCAGUCAUGGCUGGAAACUCAGAGAAAGUACCGAUCGCCUCUGCGGGACCUGAAGACCUGCAGCACUUCAUGCCCCCGGCUUACUCCGCCGUGGCCGUGAAGCCCGCCGCCACCGGCCGCCUCCUGAAGGCCGGGAUCGCGGUGCUCAUCGCCGGGGCCCUCCUGCUGCUGCUGGGGGCAGUCGGAGCUUUCUACUUCUGGAACAACAAUGAAAAACACGUCUACAAUGUCCACUACAGCAUGAGCAUCAAUGGCAAAGUGGAGGAGGGUGCCAUGGAGAUCGACUCGGCCAACAACAUGGAGAGAUUCAGCACCGGCAGCGGGGCGGACGAGGCCGUGGAGGUCCACGACUUUGAGAUUGGCAUCACAGGGAUCCGGUUUUCAGGAGGAGAGAAGUGCUACAUCAAGACCCAGGUGAAGGCUCGUCUGCCUGAUGUGGAGACUCUCAACAAGGACUCGAUGACAUUCGACCUGGAGGACGAGGUGAUGCCGGCCAAAUUCGAGGACGACCUGAUCUGGGUGGCGGCCGACUCUCCCCUCUCAGACUCCGCCUUCCUCAGCAACAAGAUAAGGGACUUGUGCGGAGACCUUCCUAUCUUCUGGCUCCGUCCCACCUACUCAACCAGCGGACAGAGGAAGAGGAGGGCCACCGCCCCCCGCCAGCGGCGCCAGGCACCUGGGGCCGGGGAGGAAGAGGAGGAUGUGGAGGCAGAGUUCAACCCGGAGAACCCCUAUCAGAGAGGUCUCGAGGGCGAGCAGGAGGGCACCAUGAACAUCGACCCCAGGCUGGACCACGAGGGCGUGUGCUGCAACGAGUGCCGCCGCGGCUACACCCACUGCCAGAGGAUCUGCGAGCCGCUGGGAGGGUACCACCCGUGGCCCUACCACUACCGGGGCUGCAGGGUGGCCUGCAGGGUCAUCAUGCCUUGCAACUGGUGGGUGGCGCGCAUUCUGGGUCUGGUGUAAACACACCAGCGCCAACCUGGGAGAUGGUAGGAGGGAAGAAACUAGGGAGGGGUGGGGUUUUCCAAGGGAGGGGGGAUGAAAAGUUUCGGGGGAAAAGUUUAGGAAGGGAAGACGGCGGCUUCUUAUAGUCAUCGGCAGCAUCGGUAACUGUGCCCACACAUUAGAAAUGCACCGUACAGAAUCUAGGACAGACAUGUUCUCACAUGUACGCAGCUUGUCUUAUAAAAAAAACAUACCUGCUUUGGAUUUAGAUCCUUCUGAACGACAUGCUGUCAAGAGAACAGAGGUUAUGAUACGAAACAUCCAACAGAUCAAUUAAAGCAGCAGUAGGUAGAAAUGGAGCAAAUAUGAUUUUAAAAGAUGUACUUUUAUAAAACGGUCACUAUAUCCUGACAGUAGUGUAUGAGACAGGUAAUCUGAAAAAAAAACAUGUGCCUCUGUGUCCUCCGGUGUGUAAAUACCAAGCAGCGCCCACCACCUGGAGCACAGCCAAUAGGAACGCUCUCUCUCUGAAAUGACCUGUGAUUGGCCAAAGUCUCCCGUCACGGGCUAGAUUUUUUUUAAAGCCUGAAAACAGAGCCAUGAGGAGGUGCAGGAGACUCAGAACACUUGAAUUACAAUAUGCUGAAAGGUUAUUAUGGAAUGUUUGCCCAAAUAAUGCCAAAAUUAUUCUGCCUACUGCUGCUUUAAGUGCAUUGAUCUAUUGACACCUGCAUUGAUUUCAAACAUGUAUACACCGCCCACUUAUCUAUAGGAAAAGCCUUUAUAUUUAUAGAGUAAUCGUUCCUUUUCUGUCAUUCUCUGAUGUAAAUAAAUGUAUAGGGUAGCAGUCAGCUGGCUUAAUUAUUUUGGACUCCUGUGUUUUUAACUCUUUCCUUUCGAUCAUCUCAUCUUCAUGAGUAGCUCUCAUUAAAACAAUGUACUGUACGCGCUCUCUCUCUCGCUCGCUCGCUCUCAGGCUUUCAUCUAAAUGUACUUUCAUCUGCGUUGAAGAUCUCAAAGUGCAAUAUCACCGAAUAAACUUUUUUAAGUAAAGCCUUUUUUUUUUGUUACUGACCUGAUGACUUUAUAUCCUAUUUGUAAAUACUUAUCAUCGGGUUUAUUUGAGAACAGCCCCCCUCUCUCUCUCUCUUCCUCUCUCUCUCUCUCUCCUGAACACUCAAAGACACUUUUCAGUUUGGAGACGUGUCAUAUCUGGUAGCCGCUCCAAAGGGGAUGAGCAGAAUGAAGUUUCCAGAGUUCUUUAAUGUGAGAGUUGCAGCUCUAGAACUCUUUAAUGAGACUAAAGACUCUGUAGCCGUC